AUGGACAACAGUUUAAAAGUAUUGAUCAAUACUUAUGAGCUAGAGCCUAGUGAUUCCCCCGUGAGCUACAAAUCAGUUUCUCGAGAAAGCUACCAUCCACAAUUAAUCGUAGAACAAGCCAGUGAUAUGGUGGAUUCAUUUCGCCGCAACUGCACGCAAAAUGGUCGGAAAUACGUGCCACCACAUAGGAAACCCAGAAAUGAAGAUUGCAUUGGCUCUGGCACGAGUCACGGCUUGAAAACGACAGAGGAGGACAAAAUUGCAAAAAGAAGAGAGAGGUUUAGCCGGCGGAUUGAAACAUGCAACCAAUCACAUGAUUACGGUCUUGUUAGUAGAGGUGAAGAUACACGUUUGAAAGAGUCGGAGGCUCUAAGGGAGGAAUACUUUCUUGUUAUACUACAUCAAUUCAUCAGAUACACAUCAAAUAAUACAUCACACGCCUUGUCUGAAACUUUCAAGAGGAUGAAAGAUUUGAACCCAAAUGACUUCGAGAGUGCUCAAUCUUUGCAAUCCAAUGAGGAAAGCGACAAAAAAUCAGUUUCCAUGGAAUCAUUAACCAUGUCUCUACGGAAAUUACGAGAAAGUUUGUUGCAUUUGAAACCAUCACCUUUCCACAAAAAGGUAUUUUUAUUCUCCACGCGGAUUUCCUACUGCUGUGGCCAGUACCAAACUUACGUCCCCAGCAUCAACUAUUUACUACUACAUAAACGUGCUUUAGGUUUAUCGAGUUUGGAGAUUGAAGAAGUCGCGGUGAUAUUGGUGUUACAUUUAACCCAUUUCAACAAUGCCCCACUGGAAGCUAUCCUGAGAUAUUUCCAGCACAUACCUAAUCGUAGGGACAUAUUGCAGAUUAUAAGGUGCUGGAUACGGAACGAUUACUAUACAUGGAUCCACACAUAUAAUCUGAUUGAGAGUUUUGCUGUAAAAUCAAUGAUGAGGCUAGGUCUCCCCACUAUGUUGAAUCACAUGAUCAAGAUUUUGAGCUCAACUUACUUUACAAUGAGAAAGUCAGUCAUAGAGAACGAGUUGCUUCCUGAUGAUGUGGAAUAUGAUGAUUUAAUUAGAGACUAUAAGGUGAAUUGGACCGUUAAUGAUGGCGGUAUAGUAACUUUGCGAAGGCGACAAAGCAGGAAAGAAAAGUGA